AAGACAUAUAAGUACUUCUAUUUAAUUUCUUUAUUUGUUCUAAUAAUUGGUGAAUUUUUCCCUCCCCAUUCAUCUUACGCGAGAACAUCGGCCGUGACAAUGGCAUCGGACCAGAAGCUUCAAGUUGCUAUUGUUGGUGCAGGAAUCGCAGGUCUGACUGCUGCGAUUGCGUUGAAGCAUCAUCCUCGUAUCGAAGUUCACAUCUACGAGCAGGCGACGGAACUCCGAGAGAUCGGCGCAUCCAUUGCGCUGGGGCCGAAUGGAAUGAGAACAUUGGAUAGAUUGGGAAUCCAUAAUGCACUAGACGAUGAGAUCGCAUUUCGAAACCGGAAGACGGGCUUCCCUCACAUCUACAGACACUAUAAGACAAAUGAGAUUGUAUCCGUUGAUGGGUACAAGGGCCAAGUGGAAGACCGCCACCAAACAUCGCGAUUCUAUCGAGCCCAUCUACAGCAAGCACUGUUAGAGCACAUUGAUCCUACGCAGCUGCACCUUGGAAAGACAUUCGUAUCGUCCGAGAUCAAUCAAUCCAGCAAGAAACUGACGAUCAAGUUCCUUGAUGGUACGAGUGCCACAGCGGAAAUAUUGCUCGGCACCGAUGGCAUCAACUCGCCCGUCCGAAGAUCCUACAAGCCAGACUCAGCUGCAAAGUGGACCGGAUGGGUGACAUUCCGCUCUGUGUUCCCAAUCUCACACGUCGCACACAUCCGCGAUCUACCUGAUGAAGCUAACCAUUUCUGGGGCCAUGAUCGCACAGUCUUCCUUUCGAAACUCGGCAAAGAUCUGUUCACGUUUGUCGGGAGCUACCAGAGCGAUCCAAACGCCGAAGAUGCGCCCUGGAAACAAUCUACCUGGAACGCGGAUGGCGAUGUGGAGCUCCUUCGGGAGUACUACAAAGACUGGAGUCCUCUGAUAAGGCAAAUCGUUGAUGCAGUCCCAUACACCCGCAUCUAUCCCAAUGCCUCAGGCCAAGGACUAGACUCAUGGAUUCUAGGGAAUGGAAGGGUGACGUUAGCUGGUGAUGCUGCACAUGCACAUGGAGGUGCUUUCGCAGCUGGUGGAAGUCUCGCAAUCGACGACGCCUGGGCAUUUGCAUCGUCACUUUUACAAGCAUUCCCUACAGAUGCGACAAAACUCCCAAGUGACGAAGACAUCUCGCGUGCGCUGAGAGUGUACAACAACACGCGCAAACCGCAUACAGAUCGAGUCUUAGAAACUGUGCACAAGGGCAACAAUGCCAGAGUUGCUGCGAUCGGAAAAUCGGAAACAGAUGAACAGUUGAGGGCUAGGUUCCAGAAUCGGAUCAAUCCGACUUGGAUACACGAACAUGACGUGCAGGAAGCGUUCCGAAAGGCUGUCGAGAAAGAGAAACAUACGCUAGGCGUACAACCACGACUGUAAACUUGAAUACCGGCAAGGGGGUAUAUAAUUCACAGAAUCU